CUUUGAAAGAAACUCUCUUUUCCUUUCCCAGUGUUGCAGCUUUUCUGUAGUUCCUCCAAGCCCGUCCUGAGAUACGCGGCCGUUCGCACCCUGAACAAAGUGGCCAUGAAACAUCCCUCUGCAGUCACUGCCUGCAACCUGGACCUGGAGAACCUGAUCACCGACUCCAACCGCAGCAUCGCCACCUUGGCCAUCACCACGCUGCUCAAGACGGGCAGCGAGAGCAGCGUGGACAGGCUCAUGAAGCAGAUCUCCUCCUUCGUGUCAGAGAUCUCAGAUGAGUUUAAGGUGGUGGUGGUGCAGGCCAUCAGUGCCCUGUGCCAGAAGUACCCUCGGAAGCACAGCGUCAUGAUGACCUUCCUGUCCAACAUGCUCAGGGAUGAUGGAGGCUUCGAGUACAAGAGGGCCAUCGUGGACUGCAUCAUCGGCAUCCUGGAGGAGAACCCCGAGAGCAAGGAGGCCGGGCUGGCCCACCUGUGCGAGUUCAUCGAGGACUGCGAGCACACCGUGCUGGCCACCAAGAUCCUGCACCUGCUGGGCAAGGAGGGGCCGCGCACGCCGGCCCCCUCCAAGUACAUCCGCUUCAUCUUCAACAGGGUGGUGCUGGAGAACGAGGCCGUCAGGGCCGCCGCCGUCAGCGCCCUGGCAAAGUUUGGGGCCCAGAAUGAGAAUCUGCUUCCCAGCAUCCUGGUGCUGCUGCAGAGGUGCAUGAUGGACAGCGACGACGAGGUGCGGGACAGAGCCACCUUCUACCUGAACGUGCUACAGCAGAGGCAGCUGGCCCUGAACGCCGCCUACAUCUUCAACGGGCUGACAGUGUCCGUCCCUGGGAUGGAGAAGGCCCUGCACCAAUACACCCUGGAGCCCUCAGACAAACCCUUUGACAUGAAAACAGUCCCUCUGGCCACGGCCCCAAUCUUCGAGCAGAAAGCAGAGAUUGCCCUGGUGACCAACAAACCCGAGAAAGUGGCUCCUUCACGCCAGGAUAUAUUUCAAGAACAACUGGCAGCCAUCCCAGAAUUCCAGAGCCUGGGUCCUCUGUUCUGGUGCUCCGAGCCCGUCCAGCUCACGGAAGCAGAGACCGAGUACUUCGUGCGCUGCGUCAAACACGUCUUCCCGAACCACAUCGUCUUCCAGUUCGACUGCACCAACACGCUCAACGACCAGCUCCUGGAGAGGGUCACGGUGCAGGUGGAGCCGUCGGACGCCUACGACGUGCUCUGCUGCAUCCCAGCUCCCAGCCUGGCCUACAACCAGCCUGGGAUGUGCUACACCCUGGUCAGGAUCCCCCAGGACGACCCCACUGCAGUGUCCUGCACCUUCAGCUGCACCAUGAAGUUCACGGUGCGGGACUGCGACCCCAACACGGGGGUGCCAGAGGAGGAUGGCUACGAGGAUGAGUACGUGCUGGAAGACUUGGAAGUGACCGUGUCCGACCACAUCCAGAAGGUUUUAAAGCCCAACUUUGCAGCGGCCUGGGAAGAAGUGGGAGAUGACUUUGAGAAGGAAGAGACCUUUGCCCUCAGUUCCAUCAAAACCCUUGAUGAAGCUGUCAACAACAUCGUGAAGUUCCUGGGAAUGCAGCCCUGUGAGAGGUCGGAUAAAGUGCCGGAGAACAAGAAUUCCCACACUCUUUACUUGGCUGGUGUGUACAGGGGUGGCUGUGACGUGCUGGUGAGGGCCAGGCUGGCGCUGGGGGACGGGGUGACCAUGCAGGUGACGGUGAGGAGCAAGGACGAGGCGGCCGUCGACGUCAUCCUGGCGGCCGUGGGCUGAGGCCGAGCCGGGCCCUGGCCCCUGGAGAGGCCUGGCUGUCCUUUUGCAUGUGGGUUUUACUCCUCAAAAAUCUGGGAAGAUAUUUUGUACGAGGUCCCAUUCUCGGUGGCUUGGCCGUUCCCACGUCCCCUUCCCUCCGUGUCACACAUUCCCACUUAAUUUAUGGGAAGGGAAAAGGGGGGCGUGUGCAGGUGGGUGAGGAAAUGGGAGUCAGGCUUUUUU